CCGGAGUGGGGAGACCAUUGUUUGACACAAAGGAAAUUAUCAUCUGGGGACUUGCAGACAUGUUGACAACCUUGGAGUGUUAAAUCCAUCAAGAGCUGCUACACAGCCAGAUCAGAUCUGCAAACGUCUUCAAACAUUUGAGACCCCGGAGUGUGUGCAUGGACUGGUUCAUUGAAAGCUGAUCUGGACAAGUGAAGUACCGGCGACUCUUCUCGUAUAUUCUUCUACGCAUCAGAAGUAUAACAAACUUCUAGUUUAUUUUCUCUUCCCAUUGGCUACAAUGGCAACUGCUGAUCUGAGAGAGGACCUGAGCUGUCCCAUCUGCCUGGACAUUUAUACCGAUCCGGUAUCGUUGGGAUGUGGGCACCACUUCUGCCGUGUCUGUAUUGACCGCGUGCUGGUCACUCAGGAUGCGUUUGGACUUUAUAUCUGUCCGGAGUGCAGAGUGAAGUUCCAGGAGCGACCUGUACUGUCUAGCGCUAGAUUUCUACGUAACAUAGUGGAGAAGUUCCUAAUUUCUCAGCCCGUUCAGGAAGAUACCGGGGUCUAUUGUACUUACUGCGUGGACUCCCAUGUACCGGCUUUAAAAUCCUGCCAGCUCUGUGAAAGUUGCCUGUGUGACAAACAUCUGAGGGUCCACACCAAGUCACCACUACACGUCUUAUCCGAUCUCACUAACCCCUUGGGGGACAGAAAAUGCCUCCUCCAUAAAAAGAUCGUGGAGUAUUACUGCCCCAGGGAAAGGGUUUGCAUCUGUGUUCACUGUAAGAAUUUUGGACUGCACAGAGGACAUCCGGUGGAGAAGUUGAGUGAGGCCAUUGAGAAGAAGAGAGAGAAGUUGAGGAAAGAUCUGGAGAUGUUGACCUCAAAUAAAGCUUGGGCUGAGAAACAAGUCCGGAGUCUGGAGGAACAUAAAAAAGACUCAGAGGAAAAAGCAGUCGGUGUAACGGAGAGAGUCAGCGCCCUGUUAAAUGAUGCCAUGAGAAGGUUGGCAGAACUUGCCCAGAGAGCCCCAAGUGGAAUCUCCAGGCAACAGGAGAAUAUUUCACUGUCUGUGUCGGAGCUGAUCCAAAAGCGGAAGAUGCAGAAGCACAGGAUGUCCAGAAGGAUAAGUGACAUUGAGGAAUUGCGUAACACCGCCGACCCGAUGACCAUCCUGGAGGACCAGAACUCGGAUGGAGAGGACAUCUAUGAUACCGAGCAGGAGGAUACCAUGGCCGCAAUAAUUCUGAGCGAAGGUGAUUUUCGUGAGGAUCUCGUGACAGACAAAAUACACAAAUUAUUUGACUGCAUGAAAGAUAUUGAUGCCUGUAUCUGGCGACCAGGAGUUUUACUUGAUGAAGAAACAGCUGCUAAUAAUUUAUAUUGUCCAGAAACUUCCAAAAGAUUUAAAAUCAAUCUCAGAGAAAUUGAAAAUUUUCUGCAGGGUGGCGGUCCUGGGAUGGAAGGACGAGUCAUUCCACUGGAUGGAGAGUUGGGUUUUGUGAUCCCAGUAGGUGCGGUUAUGUUACCCCAGUAA